AUGCUGAGCCACUCCGGGUAUUUUGUCGAUUUCCUCAAUUUUGCCGAGGAUUUUGCCCCAGACCAGCUCUCAGACUCAGGGAAACUCGCGAGUUUCCAGAAUGGAGCACCAAACACCCUCUCUCUGUUUUCCCUGGAAAUUUCCGGAAACGCAAAAGAAGCGAUGGACGACAUAAACGGAUCGAUUCGGUCAAUGCUCACGCUGCUCGAUGACGACUCCUCCUCCGAGAGCGAGGCCGGCGACAUCGACGACCUCCUCUCCUCCCACGAAGACCUCCUUUCCAAGUGCCCGACCUACGAGGAGGCUCCGCCGUCGCUGCUGCACGCGGUGCUGCUCGUUCAGAAUGAGUCGUUGCGAGGUGGAGGAGUCUCCUUUCGGCUCGACGAGCUCUGCGCCGAGCAUUUGGGCGGCAAUUUGCUGUUGCGCGCCGCGGUGGCGCAGCAUGCAGAGGGGGCCAUGGCGAGACCGAUUGCCGCCUUGUGGGUGUAG